AUACUCAUUUUCAAAUACUCAUUUUCUUUUGUAAACAACACCCAUCUUCUUCGCACAGCUUCAAAUACUCCUUUUCUUUUUUAAACAAUGAUUAAAACUACGUGCAUAAUAUCUUAUAAAAAGAAAACUAGGUACAUAAUAAUUUUAUAGUGACCAAAAAUAGCUAGGUAUUUUUAUUAUUAUUAUUAGCGGGUCAGACAUGCGCGUUCGUGCCUAUCUCUAAUUGCUAUUAAAAAAUCAAAGAUAUUAUUAAUUAUUAUAGAUUAGUAACAACAAAAAAAAAAUCAAACAAAAAGCAGCAAGCAAGAGUACAGCUGCGCGCGCCAAUUCUCCCAUUUUUCAAGCUUCCGGUUUUAAUUUUGUUUCCAAUUCAAACAAAAUAGGAACAAAUGAAUUCCCCCAUCAAUUCCAAAUCAUCAUCAUCAAAGCAUUCCAAAUUCAGAACAAUUACAAUUGAAUGCCUAAACCUAAUUUCAACCCUAUAAAACACAACUAAAAUUUUACAGCUAGCGGAGGGAGGAAAAUACUCACGCAAGGAGGAAUUCACUGCACUCCAGAAAAGUAACUCACACAUGGCUGGUUGCAAAUUCUAGCAUAAUUUCUUUAUUUUGGUUUCAAAUAUUGGAUGCUAGAGAUGUCUUCACCACAUCGAAAUUCUGAUACUAAAGAUGUAUCAGGUCCACACAAAAGACUAUCAAGUCUGAUGCAUCAAGCUGGAAACAAGUUUUGCGCCGAUUGCGGAACUCCAGAGCCAAAAUGGGUAUCUUCAAGUCUUGGAGUAUUUAUUUGCAUAAAGUGUUCGGGUGUACAUAGAAGUCUAGGAGUCCACAUAUCAAAGGUUGCAUCAUUGAAGCUAGAUCAAUGGACAGAUGAACAAGUUGAUGCAUUAGAGAAGUUAGGUGGAAAUACACUGUUAAAUAAAAAGUAUGAAGCUUUCCUCCCAAGUCAUAUAAAAAAACCAAAACCACAUACCUCGAUCGAAGAGCGCUCCGAGUAUAUCAGGAAAAAAUAUGAACAAUUACUAUUCAUGGAGUGCGACGACAAUGCAGCAUGCGCAAUUGUACCAGCUCAACAAGGAAGAAGUUUAUCAUUGUUUCAGAGUGGUUCUUCAUGUUACACUUUUCAUAUGGACCAGAAAAAAUACGACAAAGCCCCGACAAAACAUCGUAUUGGACAUGCAUUUCGAAAUAGUUGGGCAAGAAAAGAUUCCGAGCACAAGUCUUCUUCAAAGAAGAGUACCUCAUUGGCAGGUAUGGUUGAAUUUGUAGGGUUGAUUAAGGUUAAUGUUGUGAAAGGCACUCACUUGGCUGUUAGAGAUGUAAUGACCAGUGACCCUUAUGUGAUCCUUUCUUUGGGACACCAAUCUGUAAAAACGCGCGUUAUAAAGAACAAUUUGAAUCCAGUUUGGAAUGAAAGUCUAAUGCUAUCAAUUCCAGAAAACAUUCCUCCCCUUAAAGUGCUAGUGUAUGAUAAAGAUACAUUUUCAACUGAUGAUUUUAUGGGUGAGGCUGAAAUAGACAUUCAACCACUUGUUUUAGCUGCAAUUGCAUAUGAAAAAUCUUCAAGCAAUGAGCCCAUGCAGUUUGAGAAAUUUGUAGCAAGCAAGAACAACAGUCUUGUUAGAGAUGGUACCAUAUCCCUUGAUGAAGGAAAGAUCAAACAAGAAAUCUCAGUGAGGCUACAGAAUGUUGAGAGAGGUGUUCUUGAAAUUGAGCUUGAGUGUGUUCCUCUUACUCAAUAGAUUGAACUACAAAAAAAUGUUGGAGCAUUUAUCUACAUGUACAUUGUUAUGUCUCUUUCCCUCUUGUAUUUUAUUAUGUCACUUGAAGGGAUUGCUCCUAUGUUAAAGGUUAUUUUCAUGGUUACCAAGUUAUAUUGAAUUUUCAUGGUUACUAAGUUGCACAAAAUUGGAAUCACCAAACAUAGGGACACCCAAAAAGGUAGAAUCAAUUCCUUUACCAUGUUCAAAAGAUUUUUCUUUGAGCAAAGCCCCAUUUUAGGAUGCGGCUAAAAAAAUAAGAGACUUGAUAGGACAAUUUCAAUUGUAUUGUG